AAUUUCCCUCAGUUCUCUAGUGGCCGGUUUGAGAAGGGCUGCCACGAGAGGAAUCGCGUAUAAUUUCGUUGGUCCUUUUGUCUCGCGCCUGCGCUCCCCUUACGUCUACCAAACUAGUUUCUCACGAGUUCACAACGUCACUGGGUGGCUUUUUUCCUCGACCAUGUCGUACUGCGCUCGAAUACUUCGAGGCCAGAAAGCGGUCGUUCUCGCGACAGACAUCCAGCAAAGAUGUUUCAGCGUAAGCGCGUUGAGCUUUGCCGCCCAAAAGGUGGCGAUGUCCAAAUUCGACUCCGAUAUUUAUCUUCCGUACGACAAGUUAGAGGACAGACUUAAGAUUGUGAAGAAAAGAUUGAACCGACCACUGACGUUGUCCGAGAAAGUAUUGUACUCCCAUCUCGAUGAACCCGACAAACAGGAAAUCGUUCGUGGCACCAGCUACCUUAGGCUACGACCAGAUCGCGUGGCUAUGCAAGACGCGACUGCACAGAUGGCUAUGUUACAGUUUAUCAGCUCUGGACUGCCCAAAGUCGCCGUUCCUUCGACGAUCCACUGCGAUCACUUGAUCGAAGCUCAAGUCGGCGGAGUACAAGACUUGAAACGUGCAAAGGACAUCAACAAAGAAGUGUACAACUUCUUGAAGACAGCAGGUGCCAAGUACGGCGUUGGUUUCUGGAAUCCCGGCUCUGGUAUCAUUCACCAGAUCAUCUUGGAGAAUUACGCCUUCCCGGGCUUGUUGAUGAUCGGUACCGAUUCCCAUACACCAAACGGUGGCGGUUUAGGCUGCCUUUGCAUCGGUGUCGGUGGUGCAGAUGCUGUCGACGUAAUGGCGAGCAUCCCGUGGGAAUUGAAAUGCCCUAAGGUAAUCGGCGUGAAGCUGACUGGAACGUUGAAAGGAUGGACCAGCCCUAAGGACAUCAUUCUGAAAGUUGCUGGUAUCCUGACGGUGAAAGGAGGAACUGGAGCUAUCGUUGAAUACUUCGGCCCUGGUGUCGACAGUAUCAGCUGCACUGGAAUGGCGACAAUUUGCAACAUGGGAGCUGAAAUUGGCGCUACCACUUCGAUCUUCCCAUAUAACUAUCGUAUGCAGGAUUAUCUGAGAGCAACUGGCCGUUCUGAAAUCGCUGGUGCCGCUGAUCAGCACAAAGAGACCCUGUUAACUGCCGAUUCCAACGCGAAAUACGAUCAAAUUAUCGAACUGGACUUGUCUACCUUGGAACCACACGUCAAUGGACCAUUCACGCCUGAUCUUGCCCAUCCUAUCUCUAAAUUGGGUGACGCUGCCAAGAAGAAUGGCUGGCCUAACGAGAUCAAGGUCGGUCUGAUCGGUUCCUGCACAAACAGCUCUUACGAGGACAUGGGUCGAUGUGCGAACAUCGCGAAACAAGCCAUUGAACACGGUUUGAAAGCGAAGUCUGCGUUCAACGUUACACCAGGAUCUGAACAGAUUCGUGCUACCAUCGAACGUGACGGAAUCGCGGAAACUCUUCGCGCAUUCGGCGGAACCGUCUUAGCCAACGCUUGCGGACCCUGCAUCGGUCAAUGGGACCGUAAAGACAUCAAGAAGGGAGACAAGAACACCAUCGUCACAUCGUACAAUCGUAACUUCACCGGAAGAAACGACGCUAACCCCGCGACACACGCUUUCGUCACUAGCCCUGAACUCGUCACUGCCCUUUCGAUCGCCGGCCGUCUCGACUUCAACCCAGUCACCGAUAAGCUCAAGGGUAAAGAUGGAAAGGAAUUUCUCCUCAAAGAUCCGUUCGGCGACGAGCUUCCAAGCCGCGGUUUCGACCCCGGAAUGGACACCUACGACGCUCCCCCAGCCGAUGGCAGCAAAGUUAAGGUCGACGUGAGCCCAAAGAGCGAGAGAUUACAAUUGUUGGAACCAUUCGACAAAUGGAACGGCCAAGAUCUCACCGACAUGACCAUUUUGAUCAAAGUCAAAGGCAAAUGCACCACUGAUCACAUCUCGGCAGCUGGACCAUGGUUGAAAUAUCGUGGUCACUUGGACAACAUCUCGAACAACAUGUUCAUUGGAGCUGUAAAUUCCGAGAACGGAGAGAUGAACAAGAUCAAGAACCAAUUAACCGGCGAAUGGGGCAAAGUUCCCGAUGUUGCCAGACAUUACAAGAAGAACGGCGUGAAAUGGGUGGCUGUCGGUGACGAAAACUACGGCGAAGGUUCGUCUCGGGAGCACGCUGCUCUUGAACCAAGACAUCUGGGCGGCCGUGCUAUUAUCGUGAAGAGUUUCGCUCGUAUCCACGAGACCAACUUGAAGAAACAAGGACUGUUGCCCCUGACCUUUGCCAAUCCCAGCGAUUACGACAAGAUUCAACCUACCGAUAAGAUCAGCCUUCUGGGAUUGAAGGAUCUCGCGCCUGGCAAGCCUGUAAAAGCAGAGAUCAAGCACAAGGACGGCAAAGUAGACUCCAUCAGUCUGAAUCACACGAUGAACGAGCAACAGAUAUCCUGGUUCAAAGCUGGCUCGGCUCUGAACCGUAUGAAGGAGAUCGCCAGCGGCAAGUAGAGAAUCUCGAUCAUCGAGGAACCGCCCGAAAGCGUCAUCGUUCGAAGAGACGUACCACGAUCUCGUAGUUAGUUGUGUGUAUGCCGAUGGUAAGACCGCGCGAAUCAAGACCGUCCGGUGUAACACUCUAAUCUUCCAGGUAGAAUUGCGUAACAUUAUCGUGAACACGUCGCGAGAGUGGUUGUGAGAUAUCGGAUCGAAGGGGAGAAAAAAGAACCAGCAGUUCACAAGUAUACACUCUGCCAGACGAAACAACGACAAUUGGUAUGUACAUUGUUCCGCGUACAAGCCGUAUCCUCAUGGGAAAAGCAUCAUACAUCGAUGAGAGGGAGAGUUACGAAAUAGAGAGAGUGUUGCGAGAGGAAACUUCCACGCAUCGAUAGGAGACGACUGUGCCAACGUGUUCAUUUUUAAAUCGUGUACAGCCCCGCCGAUGGCACGUCGAGAUUGCAUGCUCCCGUCGAGUGUGUGCUUCGUUCUGGCUCGAUGGAAUCUUCUGUAUAUACUAUAUAUCGUCCGGAAUGUAGGACAGGAACGUGGUUAUACCGUUUUCUAGAUACGACUGAUUCGAUCAAAUGUAAGGGAUCGCUGUUGUUACGCGACGAACAAAUAAAAGAAAGAAAAAAAAAAA